AUGCCUCUUCUUGCCCUACCGAGAGAGCUGCAGCUUGAGAUUGUCGAGCGCCUCGACUACGAAUCAACAGUCUCUCUCAGCACCACGAAUCAGCAUUUCCGUGAACUCAUCACCUUGAAGCACUUCAGGCAAGCAGCACCCUACAUAUCCGACAAGGUCAAAGAGGCACGGCGUACCAAAUGUACCGCGUUCUGUCACAAUUGUGGAAGGGUCCACCAAUCCUGCCACUUCUUAAAAGCGAAAUAUCGUCGGAUCAACGGUUACAUGGCCACCCUUCCGUGUCUUCAGACGAAGAUGGCAAGCAAUCUGGCAGCAGGCAUGGUCUACCAUUAUUCUGUUCUUUUGACUUACCAUACUCGGUCCCGCAAGCGAACAGGCCUGUGCAUAGCGGAGGGUGAAGAUGUCGGACCUCCAUUUCAUGCCUUACCUUUGGAAUCCCGCUUCGACGCUGCCGCUCAUCUCGCCUUCAUCGCUGAAAAUUCCGAGCCCUAA